UAUACGCUAUGUAGACGUCGUUCUAUCAUUUUUGUAACGAAAGACUGUUGAUUUUUGGUUGUAACAGCUGAUUCGAAUUAGUGUGUCAAAAUAUUCUAAAGAACUGUGUUUCCUCAGACGUAUUUGACUCUGAGUGACUUAGAAAUUGUAAAAGGGCCAACAUUGAGCAAAGACAUGUAUCAUCUACAUGAAAAUAUUCAAAGGAAUGUCGCUUUUUGGCGAAUCGUCUUGUAUUGCGUACGCUUUAGAGUUUGUUUUUUUGUUAUGUCGUAUCUGUGAACUGUGUACAAUAAAUAGUAAUUGACAAUGGCAGAUAACGAAAAAAUUUUUGCUUGCUCCUCAACUGGUUGCAACAUGAUUUUCACGAAUGAGGACCAGUUAUCGAUUCAUAAGAAGAAACAUGAUAUGAUGUUAAAUCUUGGAAACAGCUCCAAGAAUGGCAGUUUCGUUGCGGAUCAAACACCUACCCCGACGCGUUUCAUUAGAAACUGUGAAGAAGUUGGCCUGUUUCAAGACUUGCAAAAUGUAAAUCCUUUUGAAGAAACUUUUAGGAGGGCAGUAGAGUCAGGGAACACUGGUACAUUGACAGUGCCAGAGGCUGGAAUUACAGAUGAUACUCUGCAUACACCGCAUAUAUUUCCCCACAUAGCUGACGUACUAUCUACUAGCAAUCAAAUGUUGUCAGAAAAUUCUGUGCAAGAGUGUGCCAGUAUAUCGAUCGCUGAAAAAAGCACGGAGGAAAAGAAUACUAUUGAUGCUGACGUUUGCAGUACUGUGAAACUCGCUGAAACGGACGAACAAACCUUAAUGAAGAAGAAGUUAACUAUUGAACGAAACGUAACGUUAACAGAAAAUAUCAUUGAUCAAGUGACACACACGUCGAUAAUGCCGAAGGUUUUACAACAGUCUAGCCCGCAAUUAUCGAUUAAUGGCGAGGAGGUACAACUGUUACUAAAAACGGCCGAUGGGAAAUUAAUGCAACUGUCGGCAAUUCCGGUUUGCGAUUCUGUUGAUGCGACGAAUGUGCAAUCGUUGAAACAACAAACGGUUGUCAUAAGAACAGAACCUCUUUUGCAUUGUAGCACGAGAUUGGAGACCAAGAAACCAACAGUUUCGACGCUAUCGCUAGCAAAAAUGAAAUUAAAACAAACACUGACGAAAGGUACCAGCUCACAAAGUCAGAAAUCCAAUAGCAAUUCCCGGAAAGAUGAGUUAAAUAGUUCCAGAAAGGAGAAUAGAAACAAAACGGUAGAGGAUCAAUUGAAAAAGAAAGAAAUUCUCGAACGGAAUCGUGCCAGCUCGAUGAGAGCAAGAGCCAAGAGAAAAGCGUGGAUACAACAGCUGGAAAGAACGGUUGCUAAUGUGAAUGAGACCAACGUGGCUCUGCAAAUGGAAAUCAAGGUUUUGCGAACGGAGGUUGCUAAGUUAAAGACGCUUCUGUUGGCUCACAAAGACUGUCCCGUCACGAAGGCGAUGCAAACAGGAAACGGUAUAGUACUUGGUCCAAAAAUAAUAUCCGUAAAUUCAGACACUAUAACGAAUCCAAUUCCAAUGACGUCUCCGAUAAAAAGGACUUUUUCUUCCACGGACUUACCUAUUAUGCCAAAGAAAAAAUUAUGUCUGGCAGCCUCGAAGAAUCCCAUAAUCUUCCCGAAGGUAGAUUGCAAUACGAAUCUAUCGAUGCCUAACACUGCAUUAAUAAAAACAGUACCUACUUUAAAAAUUAUGAGCGUCGGGCAACUAUUAGCAGAGGAGGAGCAGAAACAAAUUUUUAUCGUGCAGAAUCCUUCAAAAAAGGUAGAGAAUCCAACUAGACAAAUAAUUCAAAUUAACCCGAAUUACGAGAUUGAUCAGAACGCGUCAAAAAUUAAUGAAACGUGAAUUUGCUCAAAGAUAUAAAGAUAAAAAAAAAAAGGUUAAAGUCAUAUUAAAUUUCCAUGAGAAAAUGACGUUUGGUAUUACAAGCGUGAUUAAGCCACGAUUAUUUCAAAACUUGCGCAUUUUGGUUAGGAGUUCGGGCGGGCUUUGCGUUACACAGAAUACAUGAUCAUACAAUGAUUAUACAUUUCUUUCUAUUUUACUCUUUACAAUGGGUUUCAGUAUGAACCAAUUUAGGUUCAAAUCAGCAAAUGAGAACGAUAAAAAUGAACAUGAGAAGUUUUGUCUAUUGUUUUAUAACAAAUUGAAGAGCGUUGUUUCGAAAUUUAUUUAUUUUCACACAGUAUUGUUUACGUGUGUAUCUGAAUCGUAUAUCGUUUAUUUAUUAUAAUAAAUCAAAUAUUUGCUGGCAAUGUUUUUUAACUGCUUUAUUUUAUAU